UAUUUGCAUCCUGCAUCAUAUGACUUCCUGCAUAAGACGACGUCCUCAUUUGGGAAAUUGGUCAAUAUGUUUGAAAGGGACAAUUAUCUAUCAUUUAGAUACAGCAUGUGGAUGGUUAAGCUGUUGUUUGCAUUUGUUACUUUGUUUUCCACAAAUGUGUUUGGGGAAAACGAGGAACAUUGUCCGGUAUCUUCAUUGACUGAACAUUUUCAUGUUCAACCAGCUAAUUCAAACGUUAACGAUCAUGUUCCUCAUGGUACAAAAUUGACAGUUAAAUGCGAAUAUACAAAAAAGUUUACCUGUGCAUUCUGUCAAAGAGGACAAUGGACGGUAGAAGAUAAAGAUUGUUCUUUAGCAAUUACUAAAGAACUAGCAACACCUUCGAAGAGAAGAAAACGGCAGACGAUUGUGGACCUUAUUGUAAUGAUAAUCAGUUUGUUCAUCGUUCCUCUACUGAGACUGAGAGAUACAACUAAGCCACAGAUUAACAACUGUCCACAUGACAGAACAGUUGCAGCUCUUCCAUUUAAGCACUAUGCCUUUGUUGAUUGGACGUCUCCAACAGCCAUGGAUGACAAAGAUGGACCGAUUAGCGUCAAUAUUGAUGGACCUUAUAGGUCGGGAGGUCCAUUUUUUGAACAAGAUGGUAAACCCACUGAAGUUGGUUAUUAUGUCCGAGAUCGAGCAGGAAAUAUGGCUACUUGCAACUUCAAAAUUAAAGUAAAAGUCACACGUUGUCCGGUACGUUCAAACAACAUACCAGAUGGAUAUAGAACUUGUCAUCCGAGCAGUGAUAUGGUUUAUGGGACAGUCUGUUGGUAUGGCUGUUACCAGGGACAUACGCUAAAGGGAGCGCCAUCAAGAAUAGAAUGUUUAGAAACAGGUGAAUGGUCAAGCCCAAAUCAGCCAUAUUGUGAAAAAAAGAAGUGUUUACAGAUUGUACCACGUGGUAAGCUAAGCUUUUCGUGCACAGAAGAUUUUUUCUUUAGAUCUAUUUGUACAUUUGGGUGUGACGCAGGAUUCGAUAUUCCUACAAACCAGAGGAGAACUAAAGUUUGUCUGGCAUCAGGAUAUUGGAACUCACACGAUCCUGAUUGUAUUGACGUUGAACCACCUUCUUUUGAACAAUGUCCUAAUACCUUAAUGUUUUAUCCUGGGGAUAAUAAAGACACUGCCUAUAUUUACUGGGAUACACCAGCAGUAAUAGACAACAAAGACAAGGGAUUGGAGCCUACACAAGUAAUAGGUCCACCACCAGCCUCCGAACAAGGAGUUAAUAUGUAUAAUGUCAAGUAUACAGUAACAGAUUUGGCAGGCAAUGAAGGGAGGGGGUGUUCAUUUAACAUUGUGGUUAAACAACUGAGAUGUCCUAAGUUAUAUCCACUGCCUUAUAUGAAGUUAAACUGCACCGGAACACGACGUGGUUCUGAGUGUGCUUUUUCAUGUCAAGAUAACUCUGCUUUAGUUGGAACAAACAACGCCAACUGCUAUAGAAAUGGAAGUGAUCCUUAUGCGAGUUGGGCUAUGGAUUUUCAUCCGUUCUGUAAACCAUCAAAUGGUUGUCCAGAUAUAAUACCACCGGACAAUGGAGCUAUGGCAUGUGACGUGUGGGUUGGUGGACGAUUCUGUCACCCCUUGUGUUCUCAUGGAUAUUCUGUACUUGAGUCGUUACCGAAUUUCAUGGUUUGCAUAGAAGAUGGAACUUGGACAAAUCUCAAAAACUUGUCUGACUGUCAUCAAACAGCAAACUCAACACAUAGAUAUGUUACAAUGUCAGCUGAGUGUUAUUUCACAGGAAACUGCAACGAUCCCGAAACUCAGGCUGAGAUUAAGGAAAACUUUAUGGCUGCAGUUCAAAAUUCCAAAUCUUAUAUGGUAAAGAAAAUGUGCAGAAGUCCUGAAUGCAAUAUUGGAAACAUAAAGGUAAUAUGUCCACAAAAACAUAAGAAAAGGUCAACAGAUACCAUGAUCAUCACCACAGAAAUUUAUUUCGAGUCUGGGAAUGAUACACUGACAUCACAGCAAUAUGAAGCUGAAGUGAAUACUUUUACAGAGUUUAUUACUUCCCUUGAAACAGAUCUCAAAUCGGACAACUUUACUCUCACCAGCGAUGACCAGUAUGUUACUCUCCUUGGAAUGACAUCAAAUGAACUUCUUCUAGAUUGUCCUGCAAAUUCUGUACCCGUUUUCAAUAAUAUUAUUGCCUGUGUGCCAUGUCCACAAGGUACGUUUUAUGACGGCAGCUCAAAAACCUGUAAUACUUGUUCCAGAGGUUCAUACCAACCACAUUUUGCUCAGGAUGACUGUUUUCCUUGUCCCUAUACUCAGACAACAGCCAGAAUUGGUGCUAAAGAUGUAUCAGAAUGCGAAGAUGCUUGUGAACCUGGUACCUGGUCUAUGACUGGUAUCCCACCAUGUGUAGAAUGUGAUGUUGGUUAUUUCGAGAGCAACUAUGGUUCUACAGUUUGUCAACAAUGUCCAGGAAAUCGCAUCACCUUGAUGGAGAGAAAUGAUAAUGUAUCUAAUUGUGUUGAUUACGAUGUUGUUUUCUCCAACAGCACAGAAACUGCUUACACGGAGCUGCAAAUAACUGAUAUUCCACUUCAAACACCAUUUGUGGUGACUUUUCAUAUACACUGUCAAACUUUAUGCAGAGGAACAUUAUUUGUCGUAGAUUCUUCUGCAUCUGACCACAUUGAAAUGACGUCUGAUAUGUUAACUAUAAACACAAACUCAUCGAAUGCUUUUGAAGGUCUUAAUCUGUCAAAGAAAUGGUUUCACAUUGCAUUACAUAUUAGCACAAAUGAAAGUUCAUUAUUUGUUGAUGGAGAACUGCAUAAACUAUUUGCAACCGACGUUAACGUUUCCCAAGAUGUUGACUUGAAUAUAACUUUAGGAGGUAACGACUUCAUGGGAGCCAUUUCUCAGUUUAGCAUAGUUUCCCAGCAAGAGUAUAUGGAUAACGAACAUAAGUUUUCGAAAUGUAAUAGUGAAGGUGUGUCCUCGGGAUUCGUCAACUGGAAUGAAUUUGUUUAUAGCAAUCUAAUGAAUGCGUACAUAAAUAUUCCGUCAAAAUGUGAUGAUAACGAUGAUUGCCAAAUGAAUCCCUGUGUAAAUGGAAGUUGCACUGACAAACUACGAGGAUACAGUUGCGCUUGUGAUAUAGGUUUUACUGGCAGUAACUGCGAUAUAAACAUUGAUGACUGUGCUGUACAUGUCUGUCAGAAUAAUGCAACCUGCAUAGAUGAAGUGAAUAGUUAUGCUUGUUCAUGCGACUAUGGGUACACAGGAGAGCUAUGUGAAAUUACAAUGGUUGACGGCAGUUGGUCUGACUGGGAUAACUGGACAGAGUGUUCCGUAAGCUGUGGUAAUGGUACAAUCCAACGUUGGCGGGCAUGCGCAGAUCCCCUUCCAGAUAAUGGAGGAAAACAGUGUGAAGGAUCAGAUACAGAAAUUGAAAUAUGCAGCUUAGAACCUUGUCGAGUAUGUACAGAGUUAGUUGAACCAGCUAACUCCACCUUGUCCUGUGUAAACAACAGCAAUACCAUAACAUGUGUACUUAAUUGCGACGAAGGAUUUGACUUUGACCAUGACGUAAAAGAAGAAUAUGUGUGUGGAAAUGAAACUUACUACUUUUGGGAUUUUCAGACAAAUGAUAACCCGUAUGGUCGACUACCUCACUGUACAGAGAUUGUUCCAUCAACAAAAAUUCAUGUCAAUCACACAGCGUAUUACAACAUGGAGGGAUGCGAUACUUCAUCCACUGCCGAUGUGAAAAACAACAUAACGGCUAUUAUUGAGUCAGCUGCCCUACAACUUACAUGUGUGACGUCAAACAUCUGUACCAUAACAAGCAAUGAAGUUAUAAAUUGCGACAUUCCACAAAAGAAUUUAGACACGAACUCUUCUGUGGGUUUUACAGUGAAACUGACAUGUGAUACAACUACACAUGGACUGGAGACCUGUGUUUAUGGAUUCGGAGACGCCGUCACAAAACUUAAAGAAUUGGAAAACGGAACUGAGUUAGAUUUUCAACAAAAUAGUAUAAUAUAUAAAAUUGUACAGAAUAGUUCUACAUCUGCCAUCAGUUUGAAUUGUCCAUCUGGCACAGUUCCUGUUAUUGCAUACUGCGUGCCAUGCAGCGUUGGUCAUUACUCUUCAAAUAAUGAAUGUAUGUCAUGUGACAAAGGAACAUACCAAAAUCAAGAUGGCCAGACGUUCUGUCUGUCAUGUCCAAAGGGAAUGACUACAGAAGGAACGGACUCUGUUUCUAUUGAUGACUGUUGUGUACCAUUACCAAUACCUAAUGAAGAGAAUACUUUGAGCAUUAUUUUAGCAGUGUGUGCAAGUUGCACGGUCCUUGGUAUUUUGAUGGGUGUUAUUGUAUUAUAUUGCAGACAAAAAGGAUCGUAUAAGAUGAGUAAUGUAAUAGAUAGUGACUUUACAAUGGAUGAUGGCUGUUAUAAUAUUAGUAAGCCCAUAAUAGACUCAAAGGCAAUAGCAUCUAUCGAAGGGUUUGAUUUUGACACUAUCACAUUGGGAGUAAACUCUCCAAGUUCCGUUAGCUCUUCUUCUCCACCAACAACACUGGAGCAAGACGAAGCGAAAAUUGUUUCAAAGUUUGACGGUAGUAAGGAUGACAAUUAGCAGCCAAUCUUGUAGAGAAAACGUUGGACACCUGAAUCUUUGAAUGGCAUUAAAGUUGAUUGUUGAUGAUAAAAUAUAUCACAUCAGUUUGUAACAAAUCUAUACUGUAGUUCGUCUAAAUGUCAUGAAUAGUCUUUUUUCUUUAUGGUGGAUAGAUAUUAUAAAUGUUUCUGUAUUCAAAUAGUUAAUAAAACGUUUUCAUUUAGA